AUGCUCAUGCGCUAUCUGGGCGUGAACAAAUAUCUCUCACGAAGCAAGCAGACCCAGAGCCCCCGGUAUCCUCAAGAUACAUUGAACUCUGUCUUGCUAGACGAACUCUGGGCGCAGCAUGCAGACGAGCCACAGCAGGAUGGCAACGCAGCCACAGGUGAGGCAGCCGCAGGCAAUGAAGACGUUCCAGUCCCUGGAAAUGAAGACGUACCAAGUGAAGACGAAGGCGAAGAUGUUCCGAGUGACGAGGACGAUUUCGGCUAUCAAUGGGAUUAUGCUGAGAACCUAGAAGAUGCCGAGGAGGACGGAACACGCGAUGAAGGGCCCGAGGGCAGAGAGGGCGAGGGCGAGGGCGAGGGCGAGGGCGAGGGCGGAGAUGAUGAAGAGCAGGAUUUUGUUGAUCCAGAUGUAGCGGAUGAUCCCUGGGAGGACGAGGACGAGUAUGCACCCCUGUAG